AUGUCAGAAGAGGUAGACGGGUGCACUCAGAGAAAUACCAGUAAAAGGUGGCAGUCGCGAAUUCAACGAUGGUCAGUUCUCGCCAUUUGCUGGUUCUCAUAUAUUUUUUAUCGCGGCUGUGUUGUUGGGCAGAUUAAGUACGAUCCGAAGAAAGCAAAAAUGAUAAUACAACAUCGAAAUAUUUGGACCAAACGGAUUGCUUUGUGCAUAAAGAUGUUCGGACUUUCCCUAGACUUGUUCUUGAUUGAAACUAUAUUUUCGGCUGUUAGACCUUUCACUGCAAGAGACAAAAGUCUGCGAUAUAUAAGUCAACUUUUUAAUAAGCUGGUGCUUGCGAUUGCAUUGCAAUUAUCGCUUUGGAAUACUUCUCGUCUAUAUUUGUGGCUGAGCAGCUUGUCCUGGAAUCGAUCCUUUGUGGCUGCUGUGAACGAUGUGAUCCACGUAGUAAUUCUGGUGGAUGACAUUUUUGGACCACUCUUCUUAGAGUAUCUCCCUCUACUGAUCCUUUACAUACUUCAGUUGCAUUUAACUCUGCUGCAGAUUUUUAGUUACACUUACGUGAUAUCGGUGUUAAACAUCCUGCUGCUGGAGUUGUUUUACAACGUAUAUGUGGCCUAUCAGUUACUGCUGCUUUCUUGUAUCGCUGCUUUCAAUUGCUUCUUGAAGAGCUACUUGCAGGAGCAAACACCGAGUAGAAGGCAACGACUGAAGCUCAUUCGGUUAUUUCGAUUGUAUGCCAAAAUCAGCAACGGACACCAGGACAUCAAAGUUCUGUGGCUUCCAGUGGCCAGCAUGCUUUUCUCCAACAUUGUAGAGCUAGUGGUCCAUUGGUCUUCCAUCAUCGGCUGCAUUUUGUUUAGUCACCAACUGAAUUUAGUUGAAAAGUGGGGUUUUAUAUUCUGGAAACACCUGGGCCCAGGACUGGCGCCCUUGUUGAGGAUUCUAUUCGUUGGACUAUGCAACGAUCGGUUGCAGCAGAUGUUGAACUUCCUGAACUUGCAGCUCUUGAUCGUCAAUUUAAACCAACCCAAUGAACUGGAGGAGACAUUUUGUUACGAAAUCAAGAAGCUGCAAACCUGCUUUGAUGUACAGUUAAGGGCACAACCCAUAAGAAACCAGAUAAUGAGUGAUCAUCAAGUUUGCGGCUGUGCUUUCGUCUUGGAUUUCUUCUUCUGUACCAUUCUGAAUUCCGUAAGCUGCGUUCAGUACGAAAUUUCAAGUGGCAGCGGUUUUCGUGGAGGCUAA